AUGCCAGCGAUAGGAAUCGACUUGGGUACGACUAACUCUUGCGUGGCCGUUUUCCGAAAUGGACAGGUUGAAAUUAUCGCAAAUGACCGAGGAAAUCGAAUUACUCCGUCCUUUGUAUCGUUCACGAAUAAUGAACGACUAGUCGGUGAAGCGGCGAAAGUAGACGCGUCAGAGAAUUACGAGAAUACUCUUUGUCAAAUCAAGCGUUUAAUUGGACGAACCUAUGAUGAUCCUACGGUUCAAGCUGAUAUGAAUUUAUGGGCAUUCACCGUUAUUAAAGAUGACAACAAACCCAAGAUACCGGUGAGUAUUCAUAACUACAAAAGAAAUAUUUUCUGUCCAGAACAAAUAAGUGCGAUGGUUCUGGAAGAGAUGAAAAACACGGCUGAAGCAUUCUUGGGCGAAACUGUAACUGAUGCAGUCAUUACAGUUCCUGCAUAUUUCAACGAUGCCCAACGAAAAGCAACUAAUGAUGCUGGGGUAAUAGCAGGUCUCAAUGUUAUUGGCAUGAUCAAUGAGCCGACUGCGGCCGCUGUAGCAUAUGGACUGGAUAAAGAGAACAAAAAUCAACGUGAUGUUCUCAUAUUUGAUCUCGGAGGAGGCACUUUCGACGUAACCAUCGUGAAGAUUGAAGGUCGCAAGUUUUACGUGAGGGCAACGGGAGGAGACACUCACUUGGGGGGUGUGGACUUUGAUAACAUACUUGUGGAAUAUUUUGUUUCCGAGUUCAAACAACAACACGGUGAGGAUAUAUCACAAAACAAAAGAGCCUUGAAUCGCCUUCGAGUGGCGUGUGAGGCGGCAAAAAUAUAUUUGUCUUCGUCAACGCAGGCCAAGGUUCAACUCGAAGCUCUGCAAAGUGGAUACGACUUUCGCAGAAAUAUUUCAAAAGCAAAAUUUGAACAUCUAAACCGCAAUUUUUUCGAGAGAGUCCUUGAUACCGUGAAAAAUACUCUUUCUGAUUCUGGACUCGAAAAGGAAAACAUUGACGAGGUUGUUCUUGCGGGAGGCUCAACACGAAUUCCGAAAAUUCGAAAAAUGUUGGAACAGUAUUUUGACCACACGGAGCUUAAAAGAACUAUCAAUCCUGACGAAGCAGUUGCUUACGGUGCAGCCGCAUAUGCGUUUGCACUUGGUUCUGACGAGGAUCCUGCUCUGAAGGAAUUCGCUCUUGAAGACGUUACUCCCCUUUCUAUUGGUAUCGAAAAUCAUGGGCUAACAAUGGGUUUUGCUAUUCCACGAAACACGAAGAUUCCCACUAAGGUGUGGACAACACGGCAUACAUUGAAAAAUAAUCAAGAACGAGUUACGCUGAAGAUUUUUGAAGGGGAGCGCACUUUGACAAAAGAUAAUCAUUUCCUUGGAGAAUUUACUUUAUCGGGGAUACCUCCUGCACCGAGAAAAGAAGGAAAAUUGAAAGUGCUUCUUGAAAUUAACGCGUGUGGAAUUCUCCAUGUCUCUGCUUUUGAGGAAAUCACUGGAAAUUCAAAUGAAAUAACGAUCGCUAGAGACAAAGGAGUGUUGAGUGAAAGCGAGAUAAAACGAAUGGUACAGGAAGCAGAAAAGUUUAGAAAAAGGGACCAGGAGCUAAAACAGCGAUGCAAGGCAAGGAAUGCGCUUGAAGAUUACGCAUACAGUGUGAAAGAAGAAGUGGAUCAAAAAAAUCUGACAGGACAGCAAAGAGAAUCUAUAAUGAGCAAAGUGACUGAAAUUCUUCAAUGGUUGGAUAUAAACAAGACGGAACCUCCAGAAAUGUCUGAAUUAGAAGAAAAGAAAAGGGAACUGGAGGAGAUUAGUCAAUAAGUUGAUGAAUUACGGCAAUCUUUAUAUUUCAAAUUUCAGGAUUAAAAUAUCUCCAAGCCUAUAAUUUUUUUUUAAUAUUUUACAAGCUGAAGAUCUGUUGAUUAACUCAGUUUCAUGAUCGCAAUUGCGCCAGCAAUUUGAUUUUAAGUUUAAUGACUUUGGCCGGGUUGAGCUAACAAACGUUGUACAGCAGCUCUAUUGUUUGCUUGUUUUGUUACCGAACUUCAAGUAGAGUAGCUGUAGUGUGCUUCUUAUCAUUAUAUAAAAGUUAGCGUAGAUUUGCAAAUAAACUAUUUUUUAAUUCA